CCUUAAAGUUUCCAAACACCCUAGUUUAUGGCCGAAGUAUUCUCCCCUCCAUAUAUAUAUAGCCAUGCAUUUUCAGCUCCAAUCAGAAUCUGCUGCACAUUCGUCAUGAGGAUUUUAUUCUGAUCAGGAUAUUCAUCGUCAGAUUGAUUACAAGAAAUCUUUCAUGGACAGAGAACUUUAGAGAGAGAGAGAGAGGGAGAGAGAGAAGAUGUUGCACAGAGCAGCAAGGAAUGCGUAUUCAUGGUGGUGGGCAAGCCAUAUCAGGACAAAGCAGUCAAAAUGGCUAGACCAAAACCUUCAAGAUAUGGAAGAGAAGGUAGAAUACAUAAUCAAAAUCAUCGAGGAAGAUGGAGACUCCUUUGCCAAGAGGGCAGAAAUGUACUACAAGAAGAGGCCAGAACUACUGAACUUUGUCGAAGACUCUUUCCGAGGAUACAGAGCCUUGGCUGAGAGGUAUGAUCACCUAUCAAAAGAGUUGCAAAGUGCGAACCGUACCAUCGCUUCUGUUUAUCCAGAAAAAUUACAACUGGCUAUGGACGAAGAAGAUGAAGAAAUCUCCCCCACCACAACCACAACAUCCUCUCCGUUCAGUGAUUCCGAACAACCCUCAAAGAAUUUUCCUGCAGUGCCAAAGUUAAACAUCCCAAAAAUCACCAAAAUCCCACAGAAAAGGUCCAAGGCCCCAACUAGAUUGAUGUCCAAAAAAGGAUUGCUCAAAAUGAGCUGUCCCACCACCACUGAUGCUAAGACUACAUCAGGGAUGAGCAAAGUUGAGGCGCUUGAGGAAAUUGAUAAGCUUCAAAAGAAUAUUUUGGGGCUUCAAACUGAAAAGGAAUUCAUAAAAAGUUCGUAUGAAAGUGGGGUUGCAAAGUACUGGGAAAUUGAGGAGCAGGUCACAGAAAUGCAAGCGAAAGUUAAUUUAUUACAAGAUGAGUUUGGAAUUGGCACAUUUAUCGAUGAUGAUGAGGCUCGGACAUUAAUGGCUGCAACUGCCUUGAAAUCGUGUCAAGAGGCUUUGAUUCGGUUAGAAGAGAAGCAUAAAGUAUCGGAUGAGGAGGCUAGAAUUGAGUACCGAAGGAUCCAGGAGUCCCGUAAGAAGUUGAAGAUUUUCAAAGAGAAUUUUGGAAACCAAACCCUUCAGUUUGUGAGUGAAAUGGAAUUAAAGGAUUUAGACCAACAAGUUGAAAGCAUUGAGGAGAAAGAGAGAAAUGGCUUGGAAUUGUUAAGGGAAAACAUUAAAGAACAUUUGGAAGUGGAUUCUUCUGGAGAAUCUCUCACCAUGUCCGAACUGGCAGAGAAAAUUGAUGAACUGGUUGAAAAAGUUAUUACUUUAGAAACUUCAGUGUCUUCCCAAAAUGCUCUCAUAAAGAGAUUACGAUCGGAAACAGAUGAGCUUCAAGGAUACCUUCGGAGCCUAGAGAAGGACAAGGAGGCUUUGAUAAGCGGGUCAGAUAGUAAGAGCAACAAGAUAAGGGAGUUGGAGAAAGAACUGCUUAGAAUUCAAAAGCUCAACCAGAAAAUCGAAACCCAAAACAAAAAUCUCCAAAUCCGUUUCACUCAAGCGAGUUUGAGCGUUGAUCAUCUCUCUGAGAAACUGCUAAGUGUGAAGCAGGAGGAAGAGGAGGUUGAGCAAUUCAUUGCGUUAAAAAAAAAGGAUCUUCAAGUAGAAGAAGAACUUGCGUUUCCAAACGACAAGUCAAAGAUCUCAAAAGUGAAGGUUGGUGUCUUGGAACCAGUUGAAGUGAGGAAUGACCAGAAUGUCAAUCCAGAAAGAAGGUUCAAAGAAAGUGAAGACGUGAUGGCUUUUGGUUAUCUUUCAGAUAUCUCCAAAAAUGAGAGAGACGAUGUUUCUACAAAAGCUGAAGAUAGCUUUGUUCAGCCCAAACUCAGCUGUUGCCUCGACAACCAUUUGGCAGUACCGGUGGAAAUGAGAGAUGUUCCAAAUGACAAUGCAGAGACAAAGGUCAAAGAAAAUCAAGAUGCCGAAAAGUUUAGAAUGAAAGGGGAAGCUAAGAAGUACGAUAAUGUUUCCAUCAAAGCUGAAGAGAAAUUUAUGCAUCGCGAACUCAGCUUUCGCCUUGAUGAUUGUUUUGUCAAAGGUCAAGUAGAUGAAGGUUCAAAGGAACAUAACGAAACUAUGGCUCCUGGACGCAAUGAAGUGAUAAAGGAAUAUGUGAAAAUAGAAGCGAAAGAGAAGAAAAAUGAUUCUCCCCAUCAGAAUACUGUGGUUAUAGCUGAGGAAGGAAAUUGGUUCCAGUUCUACCCAUGCAAUCAACAUGAAGAUCUUUCAGUAAACGGGCAAGUUAAAGCUGUUUUGCGUAUGGAUUCAAAAGGGUUCAGUAACACAGAGAUCGUGCAAACAGACAAGGGAGAGAAGAAGUUGGACUGUCAAGAUCUUAGAGCUUCUGUUAGACCUGAGGAAGGAAACAUUGGACCGUCCAGCUCAACCAAUCCCUUCAAUGAAUCUCCAGAGAGGGUGUUUGAAGAACAUGAAGGUGUUGUGGGGUCCGGUAAUCACUUGAUCAUCUCAGAAGAUACGGAAAUCAAAUGUAAAAAGAAUGCUGAAGAAGGAAACAUAGUCCACUCCAUCCUAAGCAAUCCUUUUGAUGAUCCUCCAAAGAGGGUGUUCAAUGUACACGAAGGUGGCGUGAGGCCUAGUAAUGAAGAGAUCAUCUCAGAGCAUACAAAAAUGGAUGAAAAAAGGACCGAAGAAUCUCUGGAUUACAAUCAUGUCAGAGUAAAGCAGAACUUUGCUCAGUCCACCCCAAGUAAUCAACACGAUAAUGUUCUGGGAGAAUUUCAAAUGCAGGGAGUUCCACGUGCCAAUCCUGAAAAAGGGUUCAAAGAACACGAAGACAUGAUGGGUCCGGUUGAUGAUUCACUUAUUUUAGAAAAUGCCAGCACAAAAAAGGAAGAGAAGAAAGAUGAUGUUCCUUAUUGCAGUACCUCUGGUAAAGCUAAUGCAGAAGAGAACUGCAUUCAUCUAAAGAGUCAAGAAAAUCACAUUGUGGGGGCACAAGAGCUGGAAAUUAUUGAGGAUGAAAACCAACCGAAUUGGCGGGAACUGUUUCCAAAUGGGUUGGAUGACAGAGAGACGAUUCUAUUGCAGCGGUACACUUUGGUUCUCAGGAACUAUAAGGAGGCAAAGAAGAAGCUUGGUGAUAUAGAGAAGGAAAAGCAUGAAAGCCUCUUUAAAUCCGCGGUACAAAUAAACGAGCUAAAGAAUGCUAAUGAUUUAAAGGAUGCCGAAAUACAGUGUUUGCAUAAAAAGCUCAACUUAUGUCUCAAUGAAACUCCAGAUGCUAGUUUAAUAAUGGAAGGCGAGGAAGGUGAGAAAAGGGUAAUUUCUGAUCAGAAUCAAGUUUCUGAUUUGCCAGAUGAACAAAAGGUUGAAUCCCACGAUAGAAAAGGCGAAGAAGGGGAGAAAAGGGUAAUGUCGGUUGAUGAGCUUCAUUCAGUUUCAACGGUAGAAGAGAAGUUCCGUUCGGACAUAGACGGACUUCUUGAGGAAAACAUAGAGUAUUGGUUAAGAUUCAGCUCCUCAUUUCACCAGAUACAGAAGUUCCAGACUUCAGUUGAGGAUUUACAAGAAGAGUUAACAAAGCUAAGGGAAAGCAAGAAGCAAGAGGGAAGCAGUAGCAAAAGCCGCUCGGCCAUGAAUUCUUCUGACGUUGGCCCGAUAUACACACACUUGAGAGAGAUAGAAACUGAAUUAGCACUUUGGUUGGAGCACAAUUCCUUACUUGAAGAUGACUUGCACAACCGGUUAUCUUCUCUAUCGACCAUUCAUGAACAGAUACUGAGAGUGUCGAGUGCAGGGUCUAAAGAGGAGGAAGAAACCUUACUUUCCAGUUAUCAGGCUGCGAAAUUCCAAGGGGAGGUUUUGAACAUGAAGCAAGAGAAUAACAAGGUGGGGUACAAAUUGCAGGAGGGACUUGACCGUGUUAAGGAGUUGCAGAGUGAGAUAGCAAAGACACUUGAGGAUCUGGAAGAAGAAUUUGGGUUGAAAACGAAAGAGAGGAAGAGUUCGUCGAGUCGGUCGCGGAUUCCGUUGAGGUCUUUCUUGUUUGGAGUUAGGUUAAGGAAGCAGAAGCCAUCAUCACUGUUCCAGUGCAUGAGUCCAGCAUUGCAGAAACAAUAUAGUGACUUAGGCUCAUUGCCAACAUAGUUUGUUAGUUUUUUGGGGGCACUUUGUUUUUUGAUGUUUUAGAAUCUCAUACAAUGGUUGUUUUCCAAAUUUGGGUUGUUUUGUGGGGUGCUUGUGAUUCUUGUGAAAACUCCACAAAAAUGAGUUCUGAAAACCAGAAUCCAAAAGUGUCCGAUUGAUGCUUCUUAUAAGGAGUAGCUUUUCGCCUUUCAAGCAGUUUUGAAAUUUCCAACG